AUUAGAUGGGUAUAUCGAAUUAAAUUUACCAGAUUUAGAACUUGGUCAUCCUUUGCUAUGGCCAAUUUCUGCAUUUACAUCUAUGAAAAAAUAUUCAUCAAAAGGUGGUAACUGUGAUGAUGAACCAUUAUUUAAUGAAGAACUCUUUCAAGCAAUUAAACCAUUUGUUCAUGAGGGAAAUAAAAGAAAUGAAGAUGAACAAAAGUUGGACCAUUUACAACAGGUAGCCGCCUCAGCAUUUCUUUAUCUUUUUGCAAGUAUUGAAGAUAAACGGGCUUUAUGGAGUGGAAUAUCAAUUUAUGUAAGCUCAGAUCUCCCUGUUGGUGCUGGCUUAGGAUCAUCAGCAACUUAUUCAGUCUGUUUGGCUACAGGAUUAUUACUUGUACUUGGUCAUAUUUCGAUUCCAAAUAAUAGCAGUAAUCAAGAUGAUGAAAAAACUGAUACUUCUGCUGCAAAAUUGAUAAAUCAAUGGGCUUAUCAAGCCGAAAAGGUUAUACAUGGAAGACCGUCAGGAAUAGAUAAUAGUGUUGCUACUUAUGGUGGAGCUGUAUUGUAUAAGAGUGGGAAAAUAGAACCAAUCAAGGACUUUCAUUCCAUUCGAUUUAUACUUACCAAUACUAAAGUACCUCGUAAUACACUAACUCAAGUAGCAAAUGUUAGAAUAAGACAUGAUAAAUUUCCACAAAUUAUUGACCCAAUUUUAGAUGCAAUCGAAAAUAUCAGUGUAUCUUUGAAGGAGAUUCUUAAAAAGCUUGAUAAAAUUGAUAUCAGUGAAUUCUAUGAGAAGAUUGGGGAAUUUAUUGAUAUAAAUCAUCAUCUUGCCAAUGGACACUGUUCACAUGAUAAAAUAUGUGAAAUCACAGCAGAUUAUAAAUUACACUCAAAACUUACUGGAACCAGAGGUGGUGGAUGUGCAUUGACAUUGAUAAGAGAGGAUGUUAGUGAUAGUGAAUUGAGUAAAGUGAUAAUUUCGUUAGAAUCAAUUGGAUACAAAUGUUAUAUAUCAAAUGUUGGUGGGCCUGGUGUAGGAGUGAUUGAUGUGACAAAUAUGAUUAAUCUAAAAGAACUUUUAGGAUCUAAAACUCGUCCAACUGUUGGUUGGAGAUAUUUCAAUUAA